AUGUACGACGAUUGGCCGUUGAUCGAAUUCCCCGAUCUCAACACGAGUGUUCUCGAUUUGUUCACAAAAGAAACGGGAAGCAGUGUCGCGUCUUCUAUAUUGGCUGAACUCUCAUAUGAAGGGGCGAAAAAUGAUCAACAACAGCUCCGUUUGAUCACUGAAGAACAAUUGAGAUGGUGUAUUCAGAUUCUCAAUCAUGCUCUCACCCUGCCAUUACACACUGAUCGAGAAUUCACAACAGUCGAACAGACAGUUUCCGUUUACACUCAUUGGCUUCGUGCAUUGACGGAUACACCCGAUGGAACCAUUCCCGCACCAUUACUUCAGACACCAGAGAAAUAUUUUCGCACAAUCGUCGAUGCACUUCGAAGCGUUUUCGUGAGGCGAAGAGUAACCGAUGGUCGAUUGGAAUUGAUUGUGAAUCGACAAGCCGCUCAAAUCGAGACAAUUCUCGAGAACAUCAAAGCGAUUACAAUGUUUGCUAGCAGGAAAUAUCAAGAUGAGGUAUGGUCUCGAAGCUUGUCCUUUAUGCUGAACAGUGCCGAUAUUCUGCUUGCCGAGCCACCGAUUCCCGAUGAUAUCAGCUGUCGAAUGAGUUGUCGUAUGGUUGAUACUUUAUUGGAAUUAUGGCUUCGAGCUGUUUCUCUCGAACAAAUUCCUUCAUCAUCAUAUUGGAGAACUCUUCAUGUUUUAUUUUUAAAAUGGAGACAUCAUGUACCAGUGAUCGAAUCAUGGGCCCGAAAAUUGCUCUCUCUAACCGUGCUCGUUUGUCAAUCAAUGUAUGGAUCAAAAAGUUGUACAAUUAAUAUUGGUGAUGAAUCGGUGACCUCUCUAAUCUCAACUUCAACAGACGACGACGAAGAUGGUCCAAGUCUUUUAUUCAAAAGUUGGAUGGAUAUUCUUUCACUACUUGGCCCUCCAUCAGCAAUUCUACAACAUGAACCAGCUAUCAACAAUAAUAAAACGAAUAUCGAUUCAAGGGAUCUUCCCACAAAUCCCUCACAUCUUCCACUCUCAUUUUUCAUCGCCACCACAGCCAUUCAACGAAUGAUUGAUCUUUUCUAUGGAGAUAAUAAAGUGUCCAUCGAAUUCAAAGAGACCGAAAUUCUGCAGAGAAAAUGGGAUCAGGCAAAUAAUGAGAGAAUGAUGAAUCAAAAUGGAGAACAAAGGGGAAAUCAAUCGCGUGCGCCAACUGGGACAACAAUGAGCGGACAAUUUGGAGGAGGAUUUGAUGGAGAAAAAGAAAAGGACACAACGACCACACUCACCAAUGAAAAUCGAGCCUCGUUUAGUAGUUCAAUAAGCGGAAAAACGGGCAGUGUUACGGCGAACGAAAAAGAGAAAAUAAAAGAAGAUAAGGAAAAGAAAAAAGGAAAAAACGAUUCAAAACCCCGUGGCGGUGCUCCGAGUGUGUCGACAACGAUCAAUGGUUCUCGAUCGAUUCAAUCUACACAACAAUCAUCACAAGCAAUGAUGGGAAUGGCACAAAAAGCUCCAGAUCCACCAAUGAAAUCUUCACAGCCAACUCAACGACCAACCGCCUCACAAUUUGUGGCUCAUGCGUUGAAAACGAAUCCCGGCUAUCAACCAUUCGUCGGAGAAAGAGGACCGAAAAGCGAGAAAUUGUUGAUGUUAACGAUGAAUUGGCUAAUGGAAGCGGCAAUGGCACAUCCAGAAUGGGAAACAAAAGGAUCGACUGGAGGAGAUAUCGCUGAUGAUGUGAUCUCGAGUCUCUCAUUGUGCAGUAUCGAUUUCGACGAUUCUCCAGCUGCAAUGCAAACUCAACAGCAAUCAUCAACAACAAUUAAUCCAUUACAUCAUUCAACGGGAGGAAAUGAUCAACCCACAAAUCAUUACUUCCAACAACGAUCUGAUAGUUAUGCAGGAAGCACAGCUUCAUCAUCGGGUCAUGGUGGAUAUUCCUCAAAUCCAAUGUCCGUAUCGGAUUCUUUUGGAGGAAUCGAAUCAACAAAUGGAAUCAGUGCGGGAAGAGCUACGGCGGUGGGAACCCUUGCCCGAAUCAUUUGCAGUAAACGAACAACAGAAACAAUUCCUCCACAACAAUUGUCUCAAUUCUUCGCGAUGAUUUAUGAAACACUUGUGGAAAAAGAUCGCUUGAUUCUGUGCUCAUUGUUCUAUUAUGGGCAUACGAUAUUUCGUUUGAAUCUCUCGGGAAUCGAGGCUCUUUUGCCGCAUUGGUUGUUCGCUCUUGAUGUCGUUUUGAUUGAGAGCAGCAAGUUGAGAUUACAUCCAUCAUUUCCCGAAGCUGAAAUGAGACAUCAUUGUCUUCGUUCACUCGCCACUGUCAUCAGUUGGCCAACUGUAUUUGGAAUGACAAAGAUUCCACAAAUCGGCGGCAAUGUCACUCAAUUGAAAUCCUCAGCUUCAACUUAUCUCCAUUUACGUCCUCGACUCUACAAAACUCUCAUCUUCAGUCUUCGCAAUGAGACAGAUCCCGGGAAUUUGCAGUUAACAUUGGCAAUGUGUUCUGUAUUGGUGGUGGAAAGUGCGACUUUUGAUCUUGGAUUAAAUGAAGAGCAAAUGAGAGAAAUGAUGAGAAUUGCCACAUCGAUAAAUCAAGGACAACCGGAAAAAGGUCUUUGCAGUUCAUUUGUUCGUGGACUCAUUUCUGCGAUUUGUGAUCGUUUAUCUCGUCAAGAAUGGGCCGGUGAUUUCUCUGUUUGUUUGGCUGCUAUUGAUGUGCUACACACAAUUUCAUCACUUCAUUCGGCCGUUCUUUUCUCAAAUCGUGAUAUGUCAGCCGGUUCAUUGAUCGUUUCAUCACUCUGCCGUUUCAUUGAGACUCAAUUGAUGAAACCGCCACCAAUGCAUAGUAAAGAUCUUCAUUCAAGUGUUGUCUCAGCUUAUUCGUGUAUUGUCUCCUGGCUGACAGCGGCUCCAAUGUUAGCGGAAUGUGAAAGUGUUCUACAUACGGUGGCUGAAGCUGUUCAAUUGGGAGUGACUGGAGCGAGGACACAUGAAAUUCCCGUGAAUGAGAAGAAAGCGGCAAGUAAACGAGUUCUCGAAGCAGCUGAAUAUCUUCUAUUCUCUCUAUUUUGUGUUGUGGGUCGUGUUCAGCGUCCGAUUGGUGAUGAACGUCGUUUAUUAUAUCACUGUGGUCCAUCAAUGAUUGAUACUCCUCGUUUUAUGCAUUUUCUUAUCAACGGAGACACUCUUCUUUCAAUUCAUGAAGCAACUCAUAUACCAUCGUUUUGCUCGGGCUCAUCUUGUAUUGUUUAUGUCCGCCGAAGUCCGAUGCAUGCUGCUUCAAUUGGAAUCGCUCAAUUGAGACCAUUUACCGAGUUGGGAACAACGGAAAAUGAGAAAGCCCCGAAAGAAGUGUUGAAUGGACAAAAGAGUUGCCCGUCUUCUUCCCAACAAUCAUCGACCCCCCUCAGUCCAUCUUCACUUCCUACUCCACCGUCACCUUCUUCAUCUUCUUCAUCCCCAUCAUCUUUUGUCUCUCCCCGUCCUCCACCACCCAAUCCGCCAACUCUCGGGGAACAAUUCGUCAUUCCGCCUGAAUUCUAUAAAAUCUCGUGUAAAUUGGAUUCUUCGAUCUGUGAAUUACAAUCAACACCCGAAGUUGAGUCAAUCAUCAAUCGUUUAUCGGAUACACGGAUUACUCGACAUGACGAGAGGAAUAUUUGGGCGGCACUCAAAGAAGAACAAAGAAGAGCUGAACCACCAAAAACAGUGCAAGUGUGCAACUCAAUCCGUGUUUUCCUUUAUGAUAUGGGUUUAAUCGACAAAGAUGUCUUCGGAUCCGAAUUUAUCUAUCUCGAUUCCGGACAAAAUGUUGAUUUCUAUCGUGAUCUUCAUGAAAUGGUUGAUAGUUGUCCCAACCGAUCACUCCAAACGGCAUUCAUUUUCUAUGUGAAAGUCGGACAACGAAGUGCGGUGGAUAUUUUGGAAAAUGCGUUGAAUAUCCAGAACACGAGUGGGGACUUUUGUCAUUUGUUGAGUGAAUUGGGUGAAGGAGUUGAAGUGGAAAAACACGAAGGAUGGACAGGACAUACAAGCACGGCAUAUUCAUCGGAUAGGAAACCGUACGAAGAACGAGAGCCGGUUGACCAUUAUAUUCUCGAUGGAGUGACACACAUUCUUUGGUGGUCGAAUUCAUCAACAGAGAUCGCUUUUGUGACUCCAUCCGAGAGAAGUGUUUCCCUUUUCAAACAAGAAAUGCCACCACCACAAUCUGCAAGAAGAUCUUCCGUUAAAUCGUACUCUGGACGAACUUCUUCCGAUGAUGUAAUGCAUGCAAGAGGAGAUGUUCAUCAUCAAAAUGGACAAGGAAUUCGUUCAAAGAGUAAUGUAUCAAAUAUGAGCAAUGAUGGAGGAAAUCUUUCAAUCAAUCAACCAUCACUUCAACCAUAUUCCGGGGGAAAUGGAAGCAAUCUAGGGACAAACGCCCUUCCCCGUCGUAACACUGAUUUGCGUGUGUUGAUUGGAUGGCUUGAAAGAUACGAGGAUCUGUUAUACUUUCCCAUAGAAGAUCUUCUCCCCUCGUGUGAUACAGGAAAUGAUCGUUUCAAUGCGACUCAAUUAUCUCCAAAUACACAAGGCGGGAAUUCUCGAAUUCCAUAUCAAGUGAUAUUCCUGUAUCCAAUCGAGCCAGGACUCAUCCAAGUUGCGAUUCGUGGAACGUCGACUAGAUUUGGUGAUCCUGGCCCACUUGUGGAUGGAUUGAUUGUUUCAUCUCAAUGUCUCCCAUCACUUCUUCGUUUAACUCUACUCAAUCUAACGAACAGAAAUGUGGCUGAAGUGGAGAAUUAUCAACUCACACAUAUCAAACGCCGAAUGGCAAUCUCAGAUUUUGGAAAGAAAUAUGCUUCAACAAUCAAUUAUGAGGAUUUCUUGAUUAAACUUAUUCAAAAA